AUGCGUGGUAUGUUAGUGAUCACACGCGAUAAUAGCCCAAAUUUGGAGCAGGGCACGGGUGACAAGUCCAGUAAUGGGAACAGACAUAACUCGGUUACUCGAGUUACCAUAGCCCCGCCUCAUCUGAGUACGCCUUGUUCAAAUACUCCUGGAUUUAUGUAACGAAAGUCGCUAUGCUAAUGCUAAUUGUUUUCGGAACUGGGACGCUGACAAUGGCCAUAAUUGAAGCGUGCUGAAGCGGAGGAUAAUGGUCCUAAAAUUAUUUCCUUUCUCUCGCGCGGCUUUACCGUACCGAGUUAAUUAGGAACAACAUCUUAUCUCGGCACGACCUUAAGGCAUCACAUGCCCGAUCCUCGAUUUGUGCAGUUUAUCUGAUUUAAAAAACAGAUUUAGCAACAUUUUCAAUUAAUCCGUUUACCAGGAACGGCACGGACAAAUCCGAAAUGAAUUUUCGAACUUUGAAACUUAAUAAUUGCAUUAGCUAAAAAGGUAUCAAAAGAGAGUUAUCAGAAGGAACAUAACUGUUUACUAAUCUAUCAAAGAUAAUACCAAAAUGUUCAAGAAAAUGGUCGUUGAAUCCAAUUUAUUUGGAAUUCUGAAAAUAUCAUCUUUUCUUCAUGUAGCUCAGACUUAAGUCUGUCUUUCUUAUAUAGUACUGGCCUCUGUAAGGGAUCCUCAUUGAGCAUCUAGGUUAUUUGUCUAGCUGUGUCGGGUUUCAGACCGUUUGAGCGUGCAAAUCAACCGCAUCUUUGGGAUCUUGGCUCGGACCGAUAUCUCCACUUUCCGGCAACGCACUCCAAACGAAACGAGUAUUUGCAUUGGGCCUGCAACGUGACGUCAGACACCGAGGACGAGGCCGAAGAAUGGCUCGAGGAUUGGCUACAAGCUCGGGCCGCGAACGCCGGAUUAGACAUCCGUUUCGGUAAGUUGUCUUCUGACAUUGUGUACACAGAGUUUAUGUACACUUGUCAUUGCGUAAACGCUUGAUGUAAUACUGAUUCGGUCAAAAAGUAAAUAGAAAAAUAAAUAGUUUUGUGAUUUUUUGGCUGUAGUUGAAAGUUUUUGAUUUAAACUAUGACUUUCAUUUGUCAAACUGUAGAAGUCUCCGUACUCACUGAAGACCGUACACAUUCUGUAAUUAAAAAGUUAAAUUUUUGAGCUUUUUUAAGUAUACGACAAGAAGCAAGAGUCAUCUAAUUCAGAAAAGAAUGCAAUAAUUUAAUAAGACAGUUUUGAACGAGCCUCUCGAGACUUAUUAAAGGCUAUUUUAACAUUUAACGGCGAAUUAAUUCUUCUGAAUAACUUUGUUACGUAAUUUAAUGUUAAUGUUUCUAUUUUGCGUAGGUAUAGGCCAAUAACACCUACGAGUCGUUUCUGUUGUUUUUUAGUGCAAAAAAAUUGAAAAUAUUAAUAAUAUUUUUUGUCAAAAAGUACAUGGAACAGUCCUCUUGCACAGUGCAUUUUCUGAAGAACAUUUCACUAUGUAAAAUAGUAAAUUGUCAUUUAAAUUUAUUUUUAAAAUUAAGUUUUAGGUCAUCAGCCCAGUUCAAGCGCUCAAGCUAAACAUGUUGCACAAGAUCUGUUUGAUUUGGUGCACCGAACAUUUGAAAUGUCAUCGUUUGACCAGCUACUAAAAGACCAAGCUGUCAUCGUGAAGAGGUCACUUCAGAUGAACAGUCUGAAUAAGCCUACGCAGCAGGCCAACAACUUUAUGAAGAUAUUCAAAGGCGACAAGAAGGUAACGGAUUCUUUGGCAGAAGACGACGAAGAUGAUGAUGAAGAAGAGCAGACGGAAGACGAUAUUAAGGAUGAUCAGGACCUUAACCAUGCCCCAGCCUUUCAAGAGAAACCAGUCAUUCAUGACUUUAAACAGACUUUGAACCUGACUUUAGGGCUGAAGUCAUGUCUGUUACUGUACGGGUUUAACUGGGACAAGAACAUCUCCGACGCCGAUAUGAAGAAGUACAAGAAGUACGUUCAGUUGGGGCAAAAGAACGUGAACGAUGUGAGGGAGAGUGAGGUUGCUGGUUCCUUGAGCUCGUUUAGUAGACUUCCGCCGAUCUUCCAGUUUCAGAGAUACUUCUACACUGUCGAUAGUGUAUUUUCGGUAGGUUUACGAUUAAUUUGGAGUUACUGUAUAUUUUACAACGUUGUUUUCGUUACUAACAAUCUUAUUUUAGACGGAACUUGAUGAUAUUCCCGAGAAAUCGAUGAAGGUUUAUCGUGAUGUUGUGCAAAAACAAAACUUUGAGCCGUUGCCACAAGCUGUGAUGAUGUACGAACGAUACAAAAUACAAUAA